AUGGAGUAUAAUGGAUUGUGGCAGCUAAUAGGACAAAGCGGGUCAAAAUUUAGAGGGGUGAUGGGCAAGACUGUUAGGAGCGGGGCUUUCCUUAGGAUAUCCAAGGACUGGUUGAAGACGCAGUUCUAUAUCCUGCCUAGCUUGGACAUUGCGGCGAUCAAGAAGGAUGCAUUUUGUGACAUGGGCGACAAGCUGAGGCGUUGGAGACAUGACUUGAGAAAGAAACUCCUUAUUCAGCGCGGUGACACGCCUGCGACAGUGAAGCAGAGGACGUGCCAGCUCCUUGUAGGGUACAACCGCGCAGAUGUGGAUACAUUGUUGGAGAAAUGGUGCGAUCCAACGUAUCAAGACUAUGCUCAGCAUAUGAGAGAAAUACGAGCCAGGAAUAAGACACCACAUUGCACCGGCUCGAAGAGUUUGGCAAGGUUAUGCAAUGAGGAGCUAAUUACUACGGGCAAGGGUCUUACGCGAGCGCAAGCUUACAUCAAAACCCACCGAAAGAAAGACGGUACCUACCUAAAUCGGGAGGUCGAAGAGAGAGUUGUGAGGAUGGAGGAGCUAUUGGAAAACGAUCCUGCAGAGUUGAUAGACGCUCAUCAUGGGACUAUUCGGUGGGCACCGAACGAUGCAUACGCCCAGGCGCACAACUCUAAGCCUAAAUAUGCUGGUCAUGUUCGGGGGGUUAGUAAGAAUAUUCUCCCUGCGCACGGCUACAUCCACUCUUGUUAUAAACCAUCCUCACAGAACCCCAAAAGCUCGAAUGUCCCGCAAAUGAUUGAAAGAGCAUUCGAAGUUGAAAGAAAGCAACACAGGAUACAUAUGGCUGCACAUUUGACCUAG